UCGCCUGUUAUGAAGAAUAUUAAUUUAAACUUUCUCAUAUUUAAAGUUUUUUUUUGUCGCGAUUUCAAUUCAUCGAAUGUUUAUCUUAUCGGCUGCUGUACAUAACAUAACCUGAAUGUAGUCUUGUCACAAAAAAAAUGUAUAAAAAAGUUUAAAAUUAAUUCCUAUAAUAUCACCCAACUUGCAAAAUUCAAAAAUGAAUAAUGGGGUGUACAAUAAUCCAAAGAGUACACAGGCUGUUAAAUAUUUCCAGUUGCAGUAGUUGCACAUCUUCACUUCAAUUUAGGUACCCAAUUUUCCGUAUUGAUUCAAAAAGAAUGGCGUCCACUUUAUGGGAAACAAAAUCCAACUUGAAGGAUAUUUUUGAGGCUGGAAUUAAAGCAGUUUUGCCACAUUCCGUGAUAAAAAAUAAGGUCAAGGUCAUAGAAGAUACAUUUCAUGUUGGAAAUGACAAAUUCAGUUUAAAAGAAAAUGUUUAUGUGGUCGGUUUUGGAAAAGCUGUUAUGGGAAUGGCGAUUGUUCUAGAGGAAAUUCUCGGAGAUCGCUUGAAAAAAGGAAUCGUUAGUAUUCCAAAAGGUUCGAAGGACAGUAUCUGGAAAAGUGCGAAUUUAGAACAUUUUCCAAAAUUAAAAGGUGUCAUAGAGUAUCGAGAAGGUGCGGAAAACAAUCAACCAGAUGAUGAUAGUUUGGAAACUACACAUGAUAUUUUGGAUUUAGUCGAAGGACUUAAAGAAAAUGACACUUUGAUUGUCCUCAUUUCAGGAGGAGGUUCAGCUCUUCUCUAUAUGCCGCGACCUCUCAUCAGUUCAGAUAUCAAGCAAUCAUUCUGCAAAAAUCUCCAAAAUGCAGGAGCCGAUAUAACUGAAUUAAACACAGUUCGCAAAAAACUAUCUAUGGUAAAAGGUGGAGGUUUAGCAAAAGUGGCUUAUCCUGCUUCAGUAAUAAGCCUGAUAAUAUCUGAUAUAAUAGGAGAUCCCGUCAAUUUAAUAGCCAGUGGUCCAACCGUAUAUAGUUCAAAAUCCCCCGAAGAAGUCUCCUCAAUUCUAACAAAAUACAACUUCCAGAAAACUCUCGAAAGUGAUUUAAAAACCCUGAUAACUUCACGGGAACCCAGGGAAAACAAAGACCUUCUUGACAAACGAAAACAAUUCAAACACGUAACCAACAUCAUCAUCGCGAAUAAUACUCUCGCCAUGGAAGCAGCAAAACUGGAGAGUCUAAAAAAAGAAUUUACUCCCGUAAUUUUACGAAACGACAUAAAAGGUGAAGUUCAUAACGUGAGUCUUGCUUAUGUCCGAGCAAGUUUUUAUGUCUGUCUUGCUUUAGAAAAGUGCAUCGAGAGAAAAGAUUUUUUUGAGAAAAUGGAAAAAGAUCCUUUCCUUCCUCUCGAUUCUAAAAAAGUUGAUGAGAUUUUUGACAUCAUUGAAGAAACUUCAACUCGAGGAAUUCUUUUAAUCGGAGGAGGAGAACCAACUGUUAAAGUCACAGGUUCCGGAAAAGGCGGAAGAAACCAAGAGCUCGCUUUAUAUUUUUCUAUGGAUUGGCUAGCGAAGAUUAAAUCCCAUCCGGAUUUGUCAAAAUACGAGGUUAUUCUUUUAAGCGGAGGCACUGAUGGUCAGGAUGGUCCUACGGAUGCUGCAGGUGCAUUUGGAUAUCCGGCAAUCGCUCCGAUUAUUUAUCAUCUGAGAGAAAAAGUGAGAAAGUUGCAAAAUAAAAAAAAAAUCCUCCCUGAAAAUUCCAAUACAACAGAGGUUCCUGAAAAUUUGGAUCAGAUAUCGAACGAAAUUGAGAAGUUAAUACCUGAAGUUGUUCUAAAGGAAAACAACAGCUACAAUUUUUAUUCUCGCUUCAAAAAAGGAGAGGAUUUAGUCAAAACUGGACUUACAGGAACGAAUGUAAUGGAUCUUCAUCUUAUUUUAAUCAGGAAACGCCAGUGUAGAUGUCCAAAUAAAUUUGAGCGAGAUAAAAAAUGUGCGGAUCCGUUUGACGAACACGAUUUGCACAGCAAUUUAGUUGGAAGCGAAAGAAAAACCAAUGAAGAGAUCACUCUGGAUAAGCAAUUGGAGUUGUUGAAUAUAAAAAUUGUCGAUGCCAAUUUCGAAUUGCCUUGCUGUAAAAAGAUAAAAUUUUACGGUGAUAAAGAAACAGUUUUGUAGAUGCCAAAGUGUUUUUAACUUUUCCUUGUUUAUU